GUGUCUUGUUCUGAACUGAGAUUUAAUUGGAAUGAGAUGGCUAGAUGGACAUAUCUUGAAUGUCUCUGCUUUCUUGGCAUGGCCAUGAGCCUACUACCUUUCAUAGAACCACCCCUUUUACAGCUGUCUUUUGGUUUCUCUUUUAGUUACGUUAUCAUGACAAAGGUUGACCCACUAAAGAAACCAGUUAUUCACUCAGAAGGUGUCCAGUGUGACAGACUCGAUCACUCAUUCUUUCAGUCUACCUUUUCCCCCCGAGUGCCAUUUGAGGAUGGAAUAUCUCAAGCUUACCUGGCCCGCCAAGGAGAGCCAGUUGAGGGAGCUGCUCACGUGCCCGGUAUGCCAGGACAUCUUUGAAGAUCCGCACCAGCUACCCUGUGGACACAGCCUCUGCAUGCGGUGCUUGGAUGGCAUGCUUAAGCAUCGACCCCUAGCUCAGCCCUUCUCCUGCCCCACCUGUAGGGCGUGCUUUGGACCUCUCAUUGGUGUGCACAAGAGUUACACUUUACACAGCGUUGUGGAGGACUUCAAUGCACAGCAGGAAAAACAACGAGACCAAAGAGAACAGUCCACUCAGACUGAUCCUGUUGCUGAAAGAACUCAUCAUGCCAGCUAUAACUGCAUCCUGUUUCUACUGCUGGCUAUCAUAUUUAUAUGUAUUAGCAAAGCUUUCAUGUGCUCUGUGGAGAAUCACACUCUUACUGAAACAGUACAGAGACAACGCACUUUACUUCUUAAGUAUCACCCAGAGAUUACUGACCUCAUCCUGAACAAAGACUCGGCCAGCCCCUAUCUGGUGGUGUCAGAGGACCUCCUGUCGGUCUGGCGGGUCAAGGACAAAAAGGACUACCCCCAACACCCUGCCCGCUUCACUGAUGCGCCCCAGGUCCUGUCCACCGAGUGUGUGUCUGGAGGGAGCCACUACUGGGAGCUGGAGGCCCAGGGCUACUGGGACAUUGCUGUAGCCUAUGAGAGCAUCAACAGGAGGCUGAAGUUGAGCUCCUUUGGAAAUGACGCAAAGUCGUGGAGUCUGACGCACGACAGCAAAGGGCGACUAUUCGCCUUCCACAAGGGCGUGAAAGAGAAGAUCCUAGAAUCCCUGACGCACAACAGAGUCGGGGUGGUCGUUGAUUUCGAGAAAGGUGCUGUCGCAUUCCACGAGGUGGGCCACAUGUGGAACCACCUCCACACGUUUAAAACUAAUCUCACUGGGCCUGUGUGCCUCGGACUGGGCCUGUACCGAGAAGACCUGCACACCAAGAUCUCAGUCAAGAAGACCCUCACUUAAGUGUUUGUUUCUGAGAUGGACGAAGGAGCAGUUGUCCUCUGUUAAAUCACCUCACAAAAAACCCUACAAUCCUGCAUGGUC